AUGUCGAUCUGGGAUGCUCUUAUGGGACGAAAGUCCUCGUCUUCGUCACAGCAAAAAUCCACAUCUAAUGCGCCCCAACCGGCACCCACACGAACCGACUACCAAAGCCCGCCACCUUUCGACCCGUCUGCAGCCCAAGGCGUGGAGGAGUUUCUCAAAAGUUCUGCAUUUGCCGACCCGGCGUCGCUGGGCCCAUUGGCAGGAUUGGAUAGGGACAGCCUGGAGUAUUUGACUUUGGAGGACUCCGCCUUGUCGGACCUGCCCGGCUCGCAAUCAGCCAUUCCAUCGCGAGGCUUCAGCGACGACUUGUGUUACGGAACCGGCAUCACAUAUCUGGCAGCCUUGUCAUUAGGAGGAGCCUGGGGUUUGCAAGAAGGGUUAAGGAGAUCUGCUGGGCAGCCACCGAAGCUGCGCCUAAACUCGGUACUCAACGCAGUCACCCGGCGCGGACCAUUCCUGGGCAACUCAGGCGGCGUUGUUGCUAUCACCUACAACUGCUUUAAUUCGGGUAUUGGAUACGUCAGGGGCAAGCAUGAUGCGGCGAACUCCAUUGUAGCGGGCGGGCUCAGUGGCAUGCUCUUCAAAAGCACAAGGGGUGUACGGCCGAUGAUGAUCUCAGGAGGAGUGGUCGCCUCGGUUGCCGCGGCAUGGGCUGUAACUCGAAGGGCCUUCUCUGGGCCCAGUGAACCCGAAUACAACCUCCAUUAA